AUGGGGCGCCCCGAUGUCCAGCUCCUGCUGGGGCUGCUGUGGGCACUCGGGGGUGGCCCGGGGGCUGGGUCGGUGUGUCCCUCCUGUGGGGGACCCACGCUGACGCCCCAAGUGGAACGAGCUCUGGUCCUGGAACUAGCCAAGCAGCAGAUCCUCGAGGGGCUGCACCUGCCCAGCCGCCCCCAAAUCCCUCGCCCCCCGCCCCAGGCUGCCCUGAGCAGAGCCCUGCGCCGGCUGCAGCCGCGGAGCGCGGAGCCCGCGAGCGGGGAGGAGCUCAUCAGCUUUGCUGAAGUCGCAGACUCGGCGCCCGCCGCCUGCAGCUCCGUGCUCACCUUCCGCCUGUCGCCUGCUCCGGCCCGCCUGUCCCGCGCCCGCCUCUGGCUGCACGUGGCCCCCACCCGGCCCGGCACUUUCCGCUUGAGGCUCUUCCGAUGGGGCCCCCGGAGGAGGCACCCGGGGUCCCGCGUGCUCCUGGCGGAGCAUCCGAUGAGCAGCCCGGGCUGGCAGGCCCUAGCCCUGCCCCCUAGUGGCCUGAGGGCGGAAGCGUCGGGCGUCCUGAGACUCCAAGUGGACUGCCGCUCCGCCGACGGCAACCGCACGGCCCUCCCGCGGGCCCCGCGGCUGCUGGACACGGCGGGGGAACGGCGGCCUUUCCUGGAGCUUAGGAUCCGGCCCAGGGAACCCGGGGCAGGCCGGGCCAGGAGGAGGACCCCGACCUGUGAGCCCGAGGCCCCCUUAUGCUGCCGGCGAGACCAUUACGUAGACUUCCAGGAACUCGGGUGGCGGGACUGGAUCCUGCAGCCCGAGGGCUACCAGCUGAACUACUGCAGCGGGCAGUGCCCGCCCCACCUGGCCGGCAGCCCGGGCAUUGCCGCCUCCUUCCACUCUGCUGUCUUCAGCCUCCUCAAGGCCAACAACCCUUGGCCCAUGGGUACCUCCUGCUGUGUCCCCACCGCCCGGAGGCCUCUCUCUCUCCUCUACCUCGACCGCAACGGCAAUGUGGUCAAGACAGACGUGCCAGAUAUGGUGGUGGAGGCCUGUGGCUGCAGCUAGCA